AUGUUCAAACAGCCUGAGAGGCGAUUUAAUAUUGAUGACUCCCGAUUUUAUGCUGCAGAAAUUUUGUCAGGACUACAACACAUCCAUUCCUUAUCUUAUGUACAUAGAGACGUAAAGCCUGAGAACUGCCUUCUUGCUGCAGAUGGCCAUGUCAUGAUCUCGGACUUUGGAAGCGUGAAAGACCUUUCUGUGAAGGUGAUUGCUUUACUUAUGAACUUCGUAAGUCUCACCGUAAAAAGAGCAGCAGUACGACGAGAAAGCUGGACUGCGAAUAAGGAGGAGCUCUUUUGUAGGAACUGCGCAAUAUGUAAGCCCGGAGGAAAGCACGCUUUUCAUGACGAAUCUGAAUAUCUGAUCUAUCGCCGUAUACAAAAGUUGCUAUAUUCAUAUCCACCUGACUUUCCAGCAGUUGCAAAAGAUUGCGUCGAUCGACUCCUUGUGAUCAAGCCAGAAGAUCGACUCAAAGCUGAUUCGCUUCGAAAUCAUGAGUUCUUCAGUGGUAUCGAUUGGGAUAAUCUGAAAGAUAGCAAACCGCCUCCCAUACCUGAAUAG